AUGGGGGGCAGAAUUGAGAAAAAAUAUGAGGUCCUGGAGGAUAUACUUGCUGGAGUUGUGAUGCCGAGAGAUCUGCCACUAGCACUUCUAGAGGAUAUCACGGAUCAUUUCUCAGAUAAAAGAAUAAUUGGCGAGGGGGGAUUCGCAAUGGUUUACAAGGGUGUCCUCGGAAACAAGAAUGUUGCUGUGAAGAAGAUUUCUGUGAACAAAGACACAGUCAGUGAGAAGUUAUUUCAUCGUGAGGUUGCUAGCCUGAUGAAGAUAGAAAAACAUCAAAACUUAGUCCGGUUUCUGGGCUUCUGUUCUAAUAAAGCUCGUGCCGUGGAAGAACAGACAGGAUCAGAAGAACCAAUUUACUUUCAAAUUAUGGAUAUAUUACUCUGUUUCGAGUACAUCAGCAACGGAAGCCUUGAUAAACAUAUUACCGAUGAACUUCGUGGACUCACAUGGGAUACACGUUUUGAUAUAAUCAGAGGAAUUUUUGAGGGUAUGCGUUAUCUUCAUGAGGAUAAAUCUAUCAUUCAUAUGGAUCUGAAACCAGCAAACAUACUACUUGAUGAUCAUAUGAUACCAAAAAUUACGGAUUUUGGUCAGUCAAGAUUCGCUGAAAACACACAUACUAAGGAAAUUUUUAUAACACGAAAAUAUGGCGCUCCAGAAUACCUGAAAGAUGGCAGAACGUCAAAAAAGGCUGAUAUAUAUAGUUUGGGUGUUGUUAUUCGAGAACUGGUGACAGGAAGUGAGGACAGUCGAGAUACAGCCCAUGUACUUCGAAGGUGGACACACAGGUGGCAUAAACAGCAGACACAACACCAAUACCAACAAGUAAUUAAAUGCAUGGAAAUAGCGGUACGCUGCAGUGAACAUGAACCAGAAAAUAGGCCUUCUAUCAGUGAUAUAAUCCGCGGUCUAAGCGAAAUAGAAAGUACAAAUGGGCCCAUUGACCAGAUGAGCCUAUAUCAGUAUGAUGACAUGCUUGGGAUUGAGCCACUCGAGCUAUGUUUCUCUUUGGAACAUAUAUCGUGCUUAGUUGAGCUAACCAACGAGACAACUAAUUCCAUCGCCUUCAACAUCGGAAGGCCAAGCAAACAGUACAGCACUCAGCCUGACAAAGGCAUUGUGCCGCCAGGAUGCAAGCGCGAUGUGAAGAUAACACUGCAACCACAUGAGAGUGCAACACAAGUUACGAGUUCUGAUAAGCUCGUCGUAAAGAGCACACAAGUGAGUGUGGGUGUAGCAGAUCAUAAUAUUACUUCUGACAUGUUCAUAACCAAGGGUGGCAAAAACGUGGUUGAUGAAGUCAAUUUGAUGGUUCUAUAUCAGCCCAAGACAAUUAAUCUGCAAGAAGAGGCAGUCCCUGAGGACAUUGAGUCUAGUAGCCGUAAUAAGAAAAUACGUAGGUUAAGUACACCACAACUAUUGUACUUCGACCCAGUUGAAAGCAUUCCACGGAAUCUAGCCACCGGCUUGAUGAGCGACCAAACCGUGGAUCUCGCAACAGGAGCCAUCGGAAGCCUGCUUGCCAAGCUGAGUGAGCUCCUCAACAUGUACAAUCUGGAGGCGAGCAUUAGGAGCGAUGUGGAUUGUGUCAUACAUGAGCUAAGAGUCAUGCGCGCUGACCUCUGCAAUAUUUCAGAGGUGCAGUGGGACAACAACAAUGAGAAUAUCAAGUUAGCCAAACUUUGGGCUGGCGAAGUUAGGGAAUUGUCAUAUAACAUAGAAGAUGUCGUCGAUGGCUUCCUGAUACACACCAAGGGCUCAGAACCCGCCACCCGUAUUGGAGGGUUGAUAGAGUCCAUAAAAAGGAUAAUGGGCCUGUUCAUGUCGGGAAGUUCGACCAGUCACCAGAUUGGUGGCGCGAUCAAAGACAUCAAGAACAAAGUCCAGCAUCAGUCUAGCUGGAAGGGAAAGUACAAGGUCGAAGAGGUCAAAAAGGUUGCAAAUACAGUUUCCACAAUCAAUGCCCAUUAUCUAUCAGCUUUGGUGAAAGAUCGCGACAAACUCUUUGGCAUCGACGAUGCAAUAAACGACCUCACCAAGAGGUUAAGAGGUGCAGAUGGCAAUGGGGAGAUGUAUGGGCUCAAGAUACACUCCAUUUUUGGUAUUGGAGGACUGGGCAAGACCACACUUGCCAGAGCUGUGUAUAAUCAGCUCAAAGGGUCCUUCCGUUUGACUGCUUUUGUUUCACUGGGUCGGAAUCCCGAUGUGAAGAAACUCUUCUACGACAUUCUAUUUGAACUUGACGAACCAAGGCAUACAAAAUUGAAGCCAGCAAAUUUGGAUGAAAGCCAGCUUAUACGUGUACUCACAGACCUGCUCAAGAACAACAGGUACGCACCACCUACCCUGUUCAAGUUGAUGUACACUAAUCAUAUUAAAUUUUAG